GCACUCCAUGGUAACGACGCCGGCCCGAAGAUGGCGGCCGCUGGCGCUGGCGGAGCGGGCGGCCCGGGGCCGGGGCGGCCAGGCCGCUGGGCCGGCUGCCUGUGGCUGCGGGGCGUCCUGCUCGUGCUGGGCGGGCUCCCGGCCGGCGCCGCGGCCGCACCCGUCUCCCUGGGCGCCUCGCCUCCGUGUCGGCAUCACGUCCCUUCUGACGCGGAGGUCAUAAAUAAGGUUCAUCUUAAGACAAAUCAUGUCGUAAAGAGAGAUGCUGAUGGGCAUUUACGAAUCAAGACUAUCUAUGAUCAGAGUAUUGAAGAGUUGCUCCCUGAGAAAAGAUAUCUCGUAAAGAACAAACUUUUCCCACAAGCUAUUUCUUAUUUAGAGAAAACGUUUCAGGUUCGGAGACCUGCCGGCAGGAUCUUACUGAGCAGACAAUGUGCCACCAACCAGUACCUGCGGAAAGAAAACGACCCACACAGAUACUGCACUGGGGAGUGCGCGGGGCACACCAAGUGUGGGCCCGUCAUAGUGCCCGAGGAGCAUCUCCAGCCCUGCAGGGUCUGCCGAGAGGGUAAGUGGCCCUGUGGAGCAGUGGGUGUGCUCGAUCAAGAGGGCGUCCAGGAUGCAGACUUUGUUCUUUACGUUGGUGCUCUGGCCACGGAGAGAUGCAGCCACGAAAACAUCAUUUCUUACGCAGCCUAUUGUCAGCAGGAGGCAAAAAUGGACAGGCCGAUAGCAGGAUAUGCUAACCUGUGUCCAAAUAUGAUCUCCACCCAGCCACAAGAGUUUAUUGGGAUGCUGUCCACAGUGAAACAUGAGAUCAUUCACGCCCUGGGUUUCUCUGCUGGGCUCUUUGCCUUCUACCGUGAUCAAGAUGGAAACCCCCUGACUUCAAGGUCUGCAGAUGGCCUCCCACCUUUCAACUAUAGCCUUGGCUUAUACCAGUGGAGUGAUAAAGUGGUUCGAAAAGUGGAGAGACUGUGGAACGUGAGAGACGACAAGAUAGUCCACCACCCUGUGUAUCUCCUAGUGACACCACGUGUUGCUGAGGAAGCUCGGAAACACUUUAACUGCCCGGCCCUGGAAGGGAUGGAGCUGGAGAACCAAGGCGGGAUGGGCACGGAGCUCAACCACUGGGAGAAGCGCCUGCUCGAGAAUGAAGCAAUGACUGGUUCUCACACCCAGAACCGAGUCCUCUCUCGAAUCACUCUGGCAUUAAUGGAGGACACUGGCUGGUACAAAGCAAAUUACAGCAUGGCUGAGAAACUGGACUGGGGCCGAGGAAUGGGCUGUGAAUUUGUCAGGAAGAGCUGCAAGUUCUGGAUCGAUCACCAGAGGCAAAAGAGGCAGGUGCCAAGCCCGUACUGCGACACGCUCAGGAGUAACCCCCUACAGCUGACGUGCAGACAGGACCAGAGAGCCGUGGCUGUGUGCAACCUGCAGAGGUUCCCUAACCCGUUACCGCCAGAGUACCAGUACUUCGAUGAGCUCAGCGGAAUAUCCGCAGAGGAUUUGCCUUACUAUGGGGGGUCAGUAGAAAUCGCUGACUAUUGCCCCUUCAGUCAAGAAUUCAGCUGGCAUUUGAGUGGCGAAUACCAGCGCAGCUCGGACUGUAGAAUACUGGAGAACCAACCAGAGAUGUUUAAGAACUACGGUGCAGAGAAAUAUGGUCCACAGUCAGUCUGUCUGCUUCAGAAGUCAGCGUUUGUCAUGGAACAGUGCGAGAGGAAACUCAGUUACCCAGACUGGGGGAGUGGGUGCUACCAGGUUUCUUGUUCUCCUCAAGGUCUGAAGGUUUGGGUUCAAGACACUUCAUAUCUAUGUAGCCGGGCUGGGCAGGUCCUUCCUGUCCGCAUUCAGAUGAAUGGCUGGAUUCACAAUGGAAACCUGCUGUGCCCUUCCUGCUGGGACUUCUGCGAGCAGUGCCCACCAGAGACCGACCCUCCAGCGGCCAACCUGAGCAGAGCCCUUCCUCUGGAUCUCUGCUCCUGUUCGUCUAGCCUGGUGGUCACGCUUUGGCUCCUCCUGGGCAAUUUGUUUCCCCUGCUGGCUGGAUUUCUUCUGUGUGCCUGGCACUAGGAAUGGGAAAGUGAGUUCACAAAAGUGACAGUUGUGUCAUGUUCUCAUGAACAAAGCACAAAACAGAACCCGGGAGAGUGCCAGCCCAUGGAGAUGGUCCGGAUGGCAGAGGUGGCAUUCCCGACUCCGGCUUGGCAGUGCAGGACGGCUGUGAAGCCUGGCUCCAUGGCGGUCACCCCUCAUCGGCCACACAGCCACCUCGGCGCGUGGAGACGAAGAACAAGUGCCCGAGGCGCCUUAGUUUCUCCUGGCAGUUCUCCUUUGAACGAAGGGCAGUGGUGGGAUUCGCCACGGUCACAUACCUCAGCAUUUGCAUUAACAGAAAGCCCCGGGAGCACCAAGGCCGCUCAGAGAAAAGCUGAUGGACCACUCCAGAGUGUAAGUUGAGGACCCCAAGUACAGAAAUGGUCCUUGGGAUUCUGGAUCUCCCAUCACCGUUGCACACAUUUUCAGUGAAUGCCUGGACACGGCCCACUCAGGCCAUCAUGCUCCCUGGCAGGUCCUAGUUGCUAUAGCAUCUGACCUGACCGUGUUUGCCUUUCCCACCAGCCGUGUGGCCGGUCGCUGAACUGUUGUCACUGUGUCGUUAGCCCUCGGCGCCCAGCCGUCUCCGCCUGAGCUCAGUGCCCACCUGCAUUCCUCAUUCGUUUCGUAGCGGCUUGGAAAAGCGUAGGAGAGUGUGAAGGACAGCUCGCUCGCAGGAAGAGCCUGAGUUCGCGCAAACAGAAGGACCCGUGACUGUGUGCUUCAGGUAAGAUUCAGAACAGCUAUAAUCCACCAAAACUCAACUGACCCUUUCUGGCCUGUGUAAAUUCUCAAGUUCAGGCGUGGACAGGCGUGCAGUUACUUUCAGGCAGACUGGGCUGCUACAGAAGAACUGCUAAUAUUGGAAAGUUGUUUCACGGACAAGAAGAAAAACUCAAGUUAAGACAAGGUGAUCUGAAUUGCUUUCUAACAGUGACGUGUAGGCUUGGUGUCAAGCCUGCCCACAGGCCCGUCCUCGACUCUUUGGAAGAAGUUGGAAGAGCACCUCUGUUUAAACGCCCGUUUCCUCCCGUGUUUGACAGCCGUGUGCCGCGUGGAUUCUCUGAAGCAGUUCUGCUCCCCUACCAGUGCUCACCAACCUAACAGGAACGAAACUUUGAAAUUGUCUAAUGAGGAGCGACGUCCCGUUUUUCUCCCUAAAGAUAGUCAGCUACUGUAGUGUUACAAACAGGCUUUUAGGACCAGCGAGAUGGCUCAGUCGGUAAAGGCACUUGCCACCAAGCCUAAUGUCCUGAGUCUGGUUCCUGCAGACCUCAUGGAAGAAGAAAGGGGCUAACAGCUCCUGAAAGUUGUCCACACACACACACACACACACACACACACACACAAAUAAAUGUAAAACCACCUUUAUAACAAAACUUAGCAUUCAGACACACUCCUCCUCCUCCCUCUGUGCCAUUCAGCAUAUAGUUAUUAAGUGCUCUGUUUAGGAAAUUGUACCAGUAAAGCAGAGCAUGGUGGCCUGUAGGCCCAGCACUUGCGAAGUAGAGGCAGGAGGACGGCUAGGCCACCUUGGGAAUUUAAAUUUGAAGGCAGUAUUGGCCACAUGAAACCCUGUCUGGGGAGUAGAGAAUGGAAAGGAGUUACGUUAGGAGCAAAACACCACGGCCCCGAGCGCUAGCGGCAGCUAACCGCGGCUCUGCAGCAGCGUGGGCCUCGGGUGCCGGGGCUCCGCCUUCGCUUUAAAGGCGCGAUUUGACGUGUCCCUGCAUGCAGUGUAAGUUGGAGGCAUUCACCCUUGUGCGAAGCUGAGGCCCCUAAACUCAGCCAGCUUCGGCUAAAGAGAAGUCCUGGUCUGCGGAUCUGCACUCUGUGCUUUGCCAGCGUCCCGAGGCCUUCAAGGUGCACAAGGUCUGAGAAAAGUGAGCCUGAGCGCGUUUUUAAAGACCUAGACAGCAUGCUGGGCCUGGUGGCACGUGCUGUUAGUCCUAGCACUGGGGGGACAGAGGCCAGUGGAUAUCUCAGUAAGGCCAGCCUGAUCGACAAAGCAAGUUCCAGACCAGCCAGGGUUCACUAGUGAGAUAAACAAAAGAAAAAGAAAGAAAUACACAUCAAACCUUCAGGACGACUUAUGAGUCAUCCUCCAAAACGUGUAAUUUCACCAAAAAUAACAGUGGAGUGUAUUGAGGUCAGUGAUAGUUUGGCGACAUUUUGACUGUUGUACAGUAAUGCCAUUUAGGUAGUAUCAUUUCCAAGCAUGGUGCUUUUUAUACUUGAAAUAUAUUUUUGCUUUAUUUUUUAAUUAGUAUAAUUAUAUUUGCACUUUCCGGAGAAAAAGUUACAGACAACUUUUUUUGUAUAUAUAUUUAUUAAGCUUGGAAUGUGACGUCCCAGUGUUUUCUCUGCACAAACGUGAAACUUAGCGCAGCCCGGGUGCAGAAACCCGGAACUCCUGAGAGUUACACUGCAGUUAGCUUCACUGCCCUGUCCCUCCCUCUUCAGUGAGGUCGCUUCUCUCUGAUCCCACAUAGUGUCCUCAGCAAGACUUAGACGGUCCCUCAGCCGGUAAGACCCUCACUUAGAAUAUAGCAACAAAGAAACGGCUUCUGCAGGCUGAGAUCCCCACGCAGAAUUAGCUGUAGAAUUUGAAGCAGCCUUCAUGCUCGUGUUCUGUGGCAGCUCAGCCCUUUCGCAUCGCAAGGACAAAACCAGUGGCCCACAGAAGGAACCAAGCAGGGUGCUCCGUGUAGAAGUGAAAUGGGGACAGCUGAUCUGGGGACAGUAGACGAGUCCCUUCCUGAAUCAGAAAGGUCAAGUGUUUAUUUAAAAAACUGGCUACCUCGGUGUUGAGUUCAAACAGGUCAUUGUGUUUUAAGGUCCUAGGUGUCAAUCAUACCAAGGGACCUGUCUCAGGUUUUCUCAGAAUUUACAGGAAGGAAGCAAAGCCAUGUGAGGAGCCAUGAAUAGGGGCAGGAAGGGAGCUGAACAGUGUUUAGUAAUCUAUGUGUCACUCCUCCAACUUUCUCCUGCAAAACAUCCUUCCAUAAUCCUUCUAUCUUUCCUAUAGGCUUCUUAUAUUUUUAAGACCAAAUGGGCAUUCUAAAAAUGUUAUGAAUUAUGCUUAGCAUUAGUUUUCAGCCUAAGUUGGCUUAGAGUUUAAUGAGAUUUAAAGAUAUAGCAUAAUUGUAUGGGUUGUAAAUAGUCUUAGGAAGAUAAGUAUAUCAGAGUAUUUCGUGAAAUGUUAUCAGCGUUCUCUGCAACAUUAGACUUACAGAUUGAGCCAGGCAUGGCGACCGUGCCUGUAAUCCCAGCACUCAGGAGACAGCGGCAGGAGGAUUUUGAUUUUAAGACUAGCUGGGCUGCAGAGAGAGACACUGUCUUAAUCCUCCCUACCCACCCACCCCCAACACACAAAAAAAGAAAAUUUACCAAUUGCGGCCAUGUAUAAAGCAGUGAUGCUUGGUCAUACUCGAAAGCCCCAUGACUGACACUUGGUGAGGACUCCGUCCCUGCUGGCCCUGCGCAACCUCUUGGAGUCUCCAGCCUUCACUGUGUUCCAUGCCCUGCCCAGCUGUGGACUUACGAAGAGAGGAGAGCCAGUCUCCUAAGACAGCUGAGUAGCCCCUGCAGAUAUCUCCAAAGACUCACAGCCAGCUUCUUGGUGGGCACGGUUCUCCCCGCUGUGACCUUUGCCCCCAGCACAGGAGGACUGACAUCUUUGGCUGAAGCCAAUGCUGCCCAUUCUGAACAAAGGGUUGAACUGGAAAGGAGGGUUUGUAUUCUUUUGGGUUUUUUUUUCCUUUUUGUUUUGUUUUUUUCUUUUUAAUUAGACUGGGACUGGGGAAGGAUUUCUUUUAUGUUUACAUUUUUAAUAAGUAAAAUAGACUUUAAAAUUAGUCUUUAUUUAUGGUGGUGAACCUGAAGUGUAAUAUAUUCCUCAGAAAAACACAACUUUAAUAAAAAUGAAAACUAACUUGCA